AUGACAGAGGAGACUGUCAUUUCUAACAACCAAACCUUUCCUGGAUUGACACUGAGAGACCAACCAGACAAAAAGUCAGGACGCUCUCCUCACCAGAGCCAUGAAAUCACAGGCCAGGUUGGACAGUUUAGUCAUCCAGAACUUUGUCCUACACUUGACGAAUCAACGCCAACCAGAUCUCCAGCUGCUGUAGGAGAGCUCUGCAGUAUGGCCGAUUCCAACCUGAGGGCAAACACCUCGUAUUUAGGAUGUGAAGAACCAAGCAGGCCAAGUCCAUUCCAGAUUCAACCUCAUGUUGAACCCUUCCCAAUCCAACUCCAAACUCCACCCCAGUGUUGGAGGCCCCAGGCUGAACUGCCUCUGCUGUUUCCAGAGCAAACUCUUACACCUGCUCCUCCUCACCAUUCCUACUGGAUGAAUGUGACCCCUUUAGGCCCCACGCCACACCCCAGAUCUCACAACACCCCAUUAGUUUUGGUCCCCAUCUGCCAGUGUUCACCUUCCCAACCUGUGGUCAUACCAUCUUAUACUAAUCCAGGCUGGUGCGAAUGUCUACCGAUGGUGUCCACCCAUCCUCCCUGCACUCCAGACCUGUAAGAAACACAGCAGACAACACCGUUUUGGAUUUAAGGUAAAGGUUAAAGUUGGAUCCUGAUUGUUAAUCUCGCUUCAGGGUGUCGAGACAGACAGCCCAGCAAGUCGGCGAGCAGUCAGUCAGAAUGCCAGAGAUCACAGAGCUGAGGGAGCAGCAGGUCGAGUCAGAAGGUCAGAGGUUAAGGUUAUUUCUAAAAGGGCAAAGACAUGAUGGUAUUAGCUGUGCUAGCAAGAGACGUUAAUAUAGGUCAACCAUUUUAGUAUCUUGGCAUUAAGCUGUUUUUUAAAAUUCAUUUAAAGGGCUUUUGUGACGUAUCAAAGCAUUUCUGGAAAAUGCUCCACUGGUUCCUUGUCAUCUUCCAUAAAAUGUCAAAUCACUGAAAGAAAAGGAGGGAAUUAAAGUAAAUAAAACUGUAACUAACUUCUUACCUGCCCACUCUCUUUGUCAAAUAUUUCGCUGUCUUCCCUCACAGGCGUUGAGAAGAGAGAGACAAUCCAGACAAAGUCUUACAUUUCACAUGGAACUCAGACUUCUUGGGAUGUGGAAACUCUUGCAGAUUUUAUUUAUGAGGAAUUCAUGACAACCAUGGACUCUCUCUGCGACAAGGUCUUGAAGGAAACAACCGUCGAAUUUGCAGAUAUGAGUAUUUUAUCACUAAGUUUAAAGUUUUCUUAUGUUGUCGACUUUGUUUCGGUCCAGGAACAAGAAAAUGAGAAACUGGAGAUGGAGGGCGGUUCAUUCAGAGAGUUUGUGGAUAAAAUGUGCAACAGUGGGGAACUUUUCAGGGAGGUAUGUCAGAAGUUACCGGUAGUUACUGUUGAAAGAGGAGUCUUUAUGCUGUGUUCGAGUUUCCUCGGAAGUCAGAUGUCAGAGUUGGAAAUGACGUCACACCUGAGCUACCAGCUUUUCAGUUGCCAAGUCGGAAAAAAGCAAAAUCGGAGGCGGAAACAAGAUGGCUACAUCUAUGAAAGGGGAUGCUAAAAUAACUGAAAAUAACUAAAAUGACAAGCAGUAAAAUAACUUCCUAGAUGUAGCCAUCUUGUUUCCGCCUCUGAUUUUGCUUUUUUCUGAAACGCUGGUAACUUGGGUAUAACGUCAUUUUCAACUCUGACAUCUGACCUCCAAGGUAACUCGAACGCAGGUCUUAUAGAUAUCGAAAGGUCUCAGGAAUUUAUGAAAGUGUCGAGAAAAGUAGCUGAAGUGCCCCUUUAAUUUCUGCUUCAUUCACAUUUGCAGCUGGAGGCAGAGGACCUCCACCCCCUCGUUUUCUCAGAUCCAGAGCCUAUUGACUUUCUCUCAUUUGAAGAAUGUCAACAAGAGGUAAAAACAACUUGUGAAACUUUUACUUGUUCAAUUUGAUUGAUGAAGUUGCAUAUUUAUUGCUUAUGUUAGCUACAUGUACCUUCAACGUUUACACAGGAGCAGGGAAAAUAAACCAAGGGGAUAGUUUUGGCGACCUUUUCUGAGUUGGAGGUGAAGCCAUCUUAUAUUUUCUCUCUUUAUUUUCAGUCUUUCGAUGAGAUCUUGGAGCAGCUACUUGCGUUAAUUUCUGCCAACUGUGAUGCUGCAUCUCCUGAAACUGAAGAAACAUCCCAGCUGACUUCACAGGAUGAGGCACCACCCCAAAAAGCUCAGUCCCUCCUUUUAAGCUCCUCAAGCGCACAGCAUGACCCGAAUCCAAACCAAAAUGGACAAACAACCUUUCAAGAGGAUCCACUGCCAACCUGUGCAACAAACCAAAGCUCCAGUCUCCAAUUUCAGGCAGCAAAUGCUUUGGUUGAGGAUUCUUACUUCACUUCCUUCUUGAGGGAUUUGUCAGAAGCAGCCUCUGCUUCUCCUUCAAACCUUGGAGCUUCAAAGUCCACUCAGACACCCCAAAAGCUUUGGGAACAACCCCUAACUGGGUAUCCUUUGCCUUCCAACAAGGAUCCUUUGCCCAGUUCAGAAGCUGUGUCUAUCAUCAGCCCUCCAGCUUUUAGUGUCCCAGCUUGGAUAGCACUGUCUCAUCUAGAAGAUAGUCUCAAAACCCUCAACUUAGACUCACCUUGUGUUGACAAGAACCCAGUCCUUGAGCAAGCAAAUGUUUCUGUUGUUGAUUAUUCCAAUGAAAAGACCGGUGAUCCCCAAGUUGAUGCCAGUUCAUCUGAGUCAAUGCAAGAAAAUCAGACACUAGUAGCGCUAACCGAUCUAGAAGUAUCUAGUGUCUCUGCAAGGCAAAGUGAGUCGGUUGAUUUUGAAGAAAGUGGACAAUCAACGGCAAAACCAGCCAAGCAACUUCCAAAAACAAACGAGAAGGAACAUCAGAAGCUAGUCAAGACCACGGAGGAACUCAAGAUAGAAGAAGGUGGUCGUUGCAAGGACAAUAUCCAAAAAAUAAGCAUGGAAACUCCUCUUUCAACCAAUGUGGCCCAAGAGAAGAAAGGUCUAAAUGAAGGGGUCAUGGGCGAGGAAAGUAUUCCACAGUCUCAGAAAAGCCCAAUACCGACCACGAUUCGGUCUUCAAGGACAAGGCAACGCAGCAAGAGUCUUCCAACAAGUGGAGAUGAAGUCGAGAGAAAUGAGACUCAUGACUUAUCAGGAGCUCGUAAGCCAAAUGUGUCCAAGAUCAAGAGGACAAGGAAGCGAAGAUGGAGCAUCACAAACAGGACUGCGAACCAAGAUCAGACCAGGCGGAUGUUAAAGGUGGCGAUGAAAGAAUAA